CUCCAAGAUCAUAUCGAUCGAACACCCGGCCAGCCACACACACACAGAAACAGCUCGAGAUCGAUCAAUCGAUCGAUCAAGCAGCUAGCUAGCUUGAUUACAGCUGCUGCAGGAGAAGAUCGAUCACAAUGGGUAGUAGUACGGGUCGUCAUCUCCUUUGUUUGGCCUCCCCUGCAUGCCUCCUCUUCGCCGCCGCCGUCCUCCUCGCUAUGCCGGGCCUCACCGCCGCCCGCACCCGCCGCUACUCCUUCAAUGUGACAAUGGCGACGGUGACGCGGCUGUGCGUGACGAAGAGCGUCCCCACGGUGAACGGCCAGUUCCCGGGGCCGAAGCUCGUCGUGCGGGAGGGCGACACCCUCGUGAUCAGGGUCACCAACAACAUCAACAACAACGUCACCUUCCACUGGCACGGGAUUCGGCAGGUGCGGAGCGGGUGGGCGGACGGGCCGGCGUACAUCACGCAGUGUCCGAUCCGCUCCGGGGGAAGCUACGUGUACAGGUUCACCGUGACGGGGCAGCGGGGGACGCUGUGGUGGCACGCGCACUUCUCCUGGCUCCGCGCCACGCUCUACGGCCCGCUCGUCAUCCUCCCGCCCCGCGGCGUCGCCUACCCGUUCCCCAAGCCCCAUCGCGAGGUGCCCCUCCUGCUCGGUGAGUGGUUCAACGCCGACCCGGAGGCCGUGAUCAAGCAGGCCCUGCAGACGGGAGGAGGGCCCAACGUCUCCGACGCCUACACGUUCAACGGCCUCCCUGGCCCAACCUACAACUGCUCCUCCUCCAACGACACGUUCAAGCUGAGGGUGAGGCCCGGGAAGACGUACCUGCUGCGGCUGAUCAACGCGGCGCUCAACGACGAGCUCUUCUUCGGGGUGGCCAACCACACGCUGAUGGUGGUGCAGGCGGACGCCAGCUACGUCAAGCCGUUCGCCGCCACGGCGCUCGUCAUCUCGCCGGGGCAGACCAUGGACGUGCUCCUCACUGCGGCGGCCAACAACCCGCCGUCCCGCUCCUUCGCCAUCGCCGUCGCGCCGUACACCAACACCGUCGGCACGUUCGACAACACCACCGCCGUCGCCGUGCUCGAGUACUACGGCGCCGCGACGUCCGCCGCCGCGCUCCGGAGCCUCCCGCUGCCGUCCCUCCCGGCGUACAACGACACCGGCGCGGUGGCCAACUUCUCGGCGAGCUUCCGGAGCCUCGCGAGCGCGCAGUACCCGGCGCGGGUGCCGCGGACGGUGGACAGGCACUUCUUCUUCGCCGUCGGGCUCGGCGCCGACCCGUGCCAGAGCCCGGUGAACGGGACGUGCCAGGGGCCCAACAACACCAGGUUCGCGGCGUCCAUGAACAACGUGUCGUUCGUGAUGCCCAGGACGUCGCUCCUCCAGGCGCACUACCAGCGGCGGUACAACGGUGUGCUCGCGGCCAACUUCCCGGCGGCGCCGCGGACGCCGUUCAACUACACCGGCACGCCGCCGAACAACACGUUCGUGACCCACGGCACCAGGGUGGUGCCGCUCAGUUUCAACACAACCGUGGAGGUGGUGCUGCAGGACACCAGCAUCCUCGGCGCCGAGAGCCACCCGCUGCACCUGCACGGCUACGACUUCUACGUCGUCGGCACCGGGUUCGGCAACUACGACGCCAGCAAUGACACCGCCAAGUACAACCUCGUCGACCCCGUGCAGCGGAACACCAUCAGCGUGCCCACCGCCGGCUGGGUCGCCAUCCGCUUCGUCGCCGACAACCCCGGUGUUUGGAUCAUGCAUUGCCAUUUAGACGUGCACCUGAGCUGGGGCCUGUCCAUGGCGUGGCUCGUCAACGACGGGCCGCUGCCGAAUCAGAAGCUGCCGCCGCCGCCGUCCGAUAUCCCCAUGUGCUCGUAGUCUACGGUGCGGAUUGAUCAGCGGUGUUUUUGGUCAGUGGGUGCUUGUACAAGUUCGUGGCGUGUGGAGAGGUAUAUCGACUCUCGAUCGGUUUGGGAUGAAAAUCGUGUACCCAUCUUGUGCCUGUUGGUUUGUGCUCUGAUUUGUCUCUCAAACUAAGCUAGAGGUAGGGACAAGAUCGAUGUAACCUCACAUUGGAUGGUGUUGUGCAAUUCAUGUUUUUAUUCUUUUAUUCUA